UUCAGUUGGUUGCGAUUCGCCAAUAGAAAUGUAAAGAAGAAGUAAAUGGAAGUGAACAUGACCAAGAACAAUUUCCACGAUAGCGUUUUUAUUUAGAUAUUAACACCACAGAACUCAAAAUUACUAAUUUAACUGCACAGCAUCACAUACCUGCUCCGGGUAGUCAUUAAUUCGUGUUGGAGACAGGACUUGGUUGAUAGAUGUUAUCUAGGUAACUAAGCUAUAUAGCAGUUAACGUUAGCUAACAAUGGCUAACUGUGUGGUUUCUCACACUCAAAUAGCCUCCAUUAUGGAGGUGCUAGCGAAUGCCGCCGUGGCAGAGAUCUGUAAACUCGUAGACGACGACUAUGUAGUGUUUCGUUUGGAAAUUUCUCAAAGCCAGAAAGAAAACAGGGGAUUGCGGAGGAAACUACAGCUUCUCGAACUGAAGAUGGCACGGGAGCGCGCAGAGAGGACAAGGCGAGAGCGCGUCCUCACCAGUCCUCCCAGUAGUGUCAAUAUUCUCGAUGGACACAGAGGAAUGGCAAGAGGUGAAGGACAUCUCACUGGAGGCCACAGGAGCUUUGUGAAGCCAGCAGGACACAAUACAUGGAUAGAUGACCAACCAAUCACUGUUGAUGAGGGGAGGGGAACCUCAACCCAGCACGUUAUCGUGAUAGAGUCUGCAGAUGCAGAGGCUGCAGGUUCUGGGGUCAAGCUGGAGAGGCAUGAAAGAGAGGAGGACCCAUGGCAUAGCAGAGACACCCAGACUCGAGCGGCUGUAGAGCCCAAUGUAGCCACAAAGGACUCCCCCACCAUCGCCCCAGCGCCUCCCAGGACCCGACACAGAAUCAAGGAGGUCAGUGGAACGCAGAACGCCGUCCUCAAGUCAGAGACAGACACCAAGACUUUAACUGUAACACACAGGCUUUUACACACAGGAUCUGACCACAGAUCAGACCCAGAGAGACUGGGGCUGGGGAGACUGGGCUGUCCUCCUGCUCCUGGCUCAGAGUAUUUACCUUACGGUAACCCAAGUCCGAGGACUGUUCAUUCCCUUCGGGAUUCAGGUGAUGCAUUAGAGACUGGCAAUGAUCUGUCUUCUUACACUACAGAGAUGGACCCUGGCAUCAUGCCCUUGGGCUUAGAGACACAGACUGAUCUGUCUAGAGGGGAAUGGAACCCCUACCGUAGUAGUGUUUACUCUGAAGGGUGCCUAGAUAAGAAAGGGGAGGUUCUAGUCAUAGAUGAAGUCACUGUGAAAGUGGAGGGCGACGCUCCUCUGACAUGGAAUGUAGAUAAGACUCACUUAGGAGGACACUCACAAGGCAGAGAUUUCUUAAAUUACAGGGAAAGCUUAGAGACAAAUCCAAAUGUCACAACCCACUCCCCUUUACACACGGUCAGGGAUCAUGAGUCAGUGUCCACGUCGAUGGGACCUUCGAAGUCACAGGACCGCGUCCUUUUCGAUCAGGUAUUGAACUCAAAGGGCCAAAAGGCUAAGGCACGGGGUAGAGGAGCAACAUCAGGCAAAAGUAAAGAGAAACGGUUCUUAUGCAUGUUCUGUAACAAAGGCUUCAGCUGCCCCCAGAAGGUGGAGAUCCACCAGAGGGUCCACACAGGGGAGAAACCCUUCGGAUGUACCCAGUGUCAUAUGCGCUUCGCUGAGGCUGGCAACCUGAAGAAGCACCAGAGGGUCCACACAGGGGAGAAACCCUUCGGCUGUACCCAGUGUCACAUGCGCUUCGCUCAGGCUGGUCACCUGAAGAGACACCAGAGGGUCCACACAGGGAAGAAAUAAUACAACUGAUCCCAGUGGAAGAACAGAUUCUCCAGCCACCACCAGUUGAAGAUGCACCUGAAGGGCCACACGGGUGAAAGGCGGUUCACCUCUAUGCAUUGUGGGAAGAGGUUGUCAGAGGAGCUACCUCAGAAUACACCAGUAGAAAAAACAUUCCACUCUAUAGCCUCUGAUGUUUAGAUCAAACACUGCAUUAAAGACAAAGAUUAAUUUUCAUUAUUGUCAACAGAAAAUCAUUUGGAAUAACCAGAGUAACAAAUUUCAGAGUUGAAUAUUCCUGCGUAGAAUAUUGCAUCCGGACAUGUGUGAUAUACACUGAGUGUACAAAACAUUAAGGAUACCUGCUCUUUCCAUAACAGACUGACCAGGUGAAUACAGGUGAAAGCUUUGAUCCCUUAUUGAUGUGAUUUUUUAAAUCCACUUCAAUCAGUGUAGAUGGAGGAGUAGACAGGUUAAAGAAGGAUUGUUACGCCUUGACACAAUUGAGACAUGUAUGUGUGCCAUUCAGAGGGUGGCUGGGCGAGACAGAAUUGUGUCUUUGUAAGGUGUAUGGUAGAACAGUUGAAGUCGGAAGUUUACAUACAUUUAGGUUGGAGUCAUUGAAACUCGUUUUUCAACCACUCCACAAAUUUCUUGUAAACAAACUAUAGUUUUGGCAAGUCGGUUUGUGCAUGAUACAAGUAAUUUUUCCAACAAUUGUUUACAGUCAAAUUAUUUCACUUAUAAUUCACUGUAUCACAAUUCCAGUGGGUCAGAAGUUUACAUACACUAAGUUGACUGUGCCUUUUAACAGCUUGGAAAAUUCCAGAAAAUUAUUUCAGGGCUUUAGAAGCUUCUGAUAGGCUAAUUGACAUGAUUUGAGUCAAUUGGAGGUGUACCUGUGGAUGUAUUUCAAGACCUACCUUCAAACUCAGUGCCUCUUUGCUUGACAUCAUGGGAAAAUCAAAAGAAAUCAGCCAAGACCUCAGAAAAAAAAUUGUGGACCUUCACAAGUCUGGUUCAUCUUUGGGAGCAAUUUUCAAAUGCCUGAAGGUACCACGUUCAUCUCUACAAACAAUAGUACACAAGUAUACACACCAUGGGACCACGCAGCCAUCAAACCGCUCAGGAAGGAGACGUGUUCUGUCUCCUAGAGAUGAACGUACUUUGGAGCGAAAAGUGCAAAUCCAUCCCAGAACAAUACCAAAAACCUUGUGAAGAUGCUGGAGGAACAGGUGAAAAGUAUCUAUAUCCACAGUAAAACGAGUCCUAUAUCGACAUAACCUGAAAGGCCGUUCAGAAAGGAAGAAGCCACUGCUCCAAAACCACCAUGAAAAAGCCAGACUACGGGUUGCAACUGCACAUAGGGACAAAGAUCGUACUUUUUGGAGAAAUGUCAUCUGGUCUGAUGAAACAGAAAUAUAACUAUUUGGCCAUAAUGACCAUUGUUAUGUUUGGAGGAAAAAGGUGGAUGCUUGCAAGCCGAAGAACACCAUCCCAAUCGUGAAGCAUGGGGGUGGCAGCAUCAUGUUGUGGGGGUGCUUUGCUGCAGGAGGGACUGGUGCACUUCACAAAAUAGAUGGCAUCAUGAGGUAGGAAAAUUGUGGAUAUAUUGAAGCAACAUCUCAAGACAUCAUUCAGGAAGUAAAAGCUUGGUCGCAAAUGGGUCUUCCAAAUGGAAAAUGAAUUAAGCAUACUUCCAAAGUUGUGGCAAAAUGGCUUUAGGACAACAAAGUCAAGGUAUUGGAGUGGCCAUCACAAAGCACUGACCUCAAUCCUAUAGAAAAUGUGUGGGCAGAACUGAAAAAGCAUGGAGCAAGGAGGCCAACAAACCUGACUCAGUUACACCAGCUCUGUCAUGAGGAAUGGGCCAAAAUUCACCCAACUUAUUGUGGGAAGCUUGUGGAAGGCUACCUGAAAUGUUUGACCCAAGUUAAACAAUUUAAAGGCAAUAAUACCAAAUACUAAUUGAGUGUAUGUAAACUUCUGACCCACUAGGAAUGUGAUGAAAGAAAUAAAAACUGAAAUAAAUUAUUCUCUCUACUAUUAUUCUGACAUUUCACAUUCUAAAAAUAAAGUGGUGAUCCUAACUGACCUAAGACAGGGAAUAUUUACUAGGAUUAAAUGUCAGGAAUUGUGAAGACUGAGUUUAAAUGUAUUUGGCUAAGGUGUAUGUAAACUUCCGACUUCAACUGUAAAUGACAGGCGCACCGGUUUGUGUCAAGAACUGUAACGCUGCUGGAUUUUUCAUGCUCACAGUUUUCUAUGUGUAUCAAGAAUGGUCCACCACCCAACGGACAUCCAGCCAACUUGUAGGAAGAAUUGGAGUCAACACGGGCCAGAAUCCCUGUGGAAAACUUUUGACAUCUUGUAAAGUCCAUACCCCAACAAAUUGAGGCUGUUCUGAGGGCAAAAGGGGGGGGUGCGCGCAACUCAAUAUUAGGAAGGUGUCAAUGUUUUGUACAAGUGUUAUAUAAUGUGUUUGAUUCUACAUGUAUUGAUUCAGGGGUUGAAUACUUAUCUAAUCAAGAGAUUCGUUUUAUUUUUCAUAUUUUAUUACUUACAAAUGUUACAUUUUUCUUACACUUUGACAUUAGAGUAUUUUGUGUAGAUCGUUGAAGAAAAAAAGGACAAUUAAAUCCAUUUUAAUUCCACUUUAACAACAACAUUUGGAAAAAGUAAAGAUGAUAUUUUGUGUUAGUACUGUGUCGGCUAAAUUAUGUUCACAAAUGCCUAUUUCAUUACUUCCAUUCAACUGCUGCAUUUUUUUCCCCCAAUAACCUUUUAAUGAGAAAAUGAAUGCAGUUUAUCAAGCAGAUUUGUAGUGGAGACAUGUGCAUGUUUGGUUUUCAUAUGGUGUAUUUUAAAAUUUGUUUUGUUUAAUAAAAACAAAAUGGACUUUU